UAUCACAAACAAAGCUGCCCACAUGAACCGUGAAAGCUUGUCAUUAUGCUGGCACAGUUUGUAAGUAUGAGUUACGGCUAGCUUUUUUUGUGACUAUGUCUGGCACAGUCUGCAAAUACAAGCCAUGCAAGGAAGAUUUCUCUUUGCAAUAGCCAGCAGGAAGAAGAAAUCAAAAUAUUCUCUUCCAUUCGACUCUUUUAAAUCUGCAAUGCAGAGAGAAGAUGCUAAGCAAUAUACAUUGAAAGAUCAUAAUUUUGACUGAGGGUUCAUCUUCAUACACUGAUACAUCAUACGGUCUAUUGCUCUCUCUUGACAUGGUGAUAUUGCAGCUUUCUGGUCCCACCCCUGUAAAUCCCCAAGCAAAGUUCUCCAUCCUUGAAUUGGCUCCUAGUAGUCGAAAACAUUUAACAACUUUAUCUUCUUUCUCUUUGCCAAGUUUGUUCAUAUCCAAUUCUCAGCAACCUCAACACCCCAUAUCCUCAUUCUCUCCAGUAAAUCAGAGUGUUGCAGCUAUUGUAUUUGGAGACGGAUCAGAGUCAAGACUCUAUCCAUUGACAAAGAGAAGAUCAGAAGGAGCCAUUCCGUUAGGAGCAAAGUACAGAAUCGUUGAUGCAGUUAUCAGCAACUGUAUUAACAGUAACAUAAACAAGAUAUAUGCUCUAACACAAUAUAACUCUACUUAUCUCAAUUCUCACCUCUCAAGAGCAUAUUCUGGCUUAGGCCUUGGAAAAGAUGGGUUUGUUGAAGUUAUUGCAGCAUAUCAGAGUCUUGAAGAGCAAGGCUGGUUUCAGGGAACUGCUGAUGCUAUAAGAAGGUGCUUGUGGGUACUGGAAGAGCACCAAGUGUCCGAGUUUCUUGUCCUUCCUGGCCACCAUCUCUACAGAAUGGACUACCAGAAACUAGUAGAAACUCAUCGAAGAAGCCAGGCUGAUAUAACAAUUGCAGCUUUGAAUUCAACAAGAGAUCAAGACCCAGGUUUUGGCACAUUAAAAGUGAAUUCACUAAAUGAAGUUGCAGAGUUCCACGUGAAGUCAGAGAGGGAGCCAAUGAUUGUCCCUUCGGCUCAAAGUUCCCAAGCAUUCAAUGAUAAUGCUUAUAGGAAGUUAUCAAGCAUGGGGAUCUAUCUUGUUAAUAGAAAUACUAUGACAAAGCUUCUAAAUGAAUACUUCCCCCAGGCAAAUGAAUUCGGAACUGAAGUGAUACCUGGCGCAAUUUCGAUUGGAAUGAAGGUUCAAGCUUAUGCAUUUGAUGGAUACUGGGAGGACAUGAGUAGCAUUGCAGCAUUUUAUCAAGCAAACAUGGAAUGCAUAAAGGGAUUAAACAUGGGAUACAACUUCUACGAUAAAGAUGCUCCUCUAUACACCAUGCCUCGCUAUCUGCCUCCAUCUACUAUAAUUGAUGCUGUCAUAACAGACAGUGUGGUUGGAGAUGGUUGCAUCCUUAAUAGGUGCAAGAUAAAAGGAACAGUUCUUGGUAUGAGGACAACCAUUGGAGAAAAGGCCAUCAUUGAAGAUUCAGUCAUCAUGGGCUCUGAUAUCUAUCAAAAAGACUAUAUCCAAAGGAGUAGCAAGGAGGGCAUGGCAAUUCCGAUAGGAAUUGGUGAUGAGACUCACAUAAAGAAAGCUAUUAUAGAUAAGAAUGCAAGGAUUGGCAGAAAUGUAAUGAUUAUUAACAAAGACAAUGUGCAAGAAAGCAACAGGGAGGCCAAUGGCUACAUAAUCAGUGGAGGAAUAGUGGUGGUUCUAGAGAGUGCAGUGAUCCCAGAUGGCAGCAUUUUAUGAUAUGUUUGAACGUUGAACAACAUGAUUAUCAUUCUUUUAUUUCUCAAUUUGAUUAAAACAAAAUGUAUACUGACAUUUUUUGGAGGAGUGAGUGAUCUCUAUGCCACUUGGAAUGUCAUUCAACAUGCAAUUGACAAUAAAAUUUAA